AUGACAGAAGAUCAUACAGCAGAUAAUCUGGCUAAUGUGAUUAAAGAUCUAUUGCAAGAGUGGAAUAUUGAAAAUGACAAAAUAUCGUCAUUUUCCACAGAUUCAGGUGCAAAUAUUGUUAAAUGCAUUGAAUUAUUAAAUAUACCAAGAGUUCCACAAAGUGUAGCAUUUUCUGAAAAUUAUACCACCCCUAGUAGCCCUAAUGUUUUUUCAGAAUAUGUUCCUCCUUCAUCGUCAUCGAACCAGCCAGUGAAAAUUACGCAGGAUUUAUUGGAUCACAUUGUAGCCAAGUUAGAGUUAUCUCAGAGAAAAUCUGAAAUACUGGCAUCAAUUUUGAAUUCUAACAAUUUAUUGGCACAAGGGACAAAGGCUCGGCUGGAUGGUUUGGUUGAUCGACUAGACAGGAUGAUUAAGGACAACUGUGAAUUAAGAAAACAAAAUCAAGAGCUUUCCGAAAGAGUUCUUCAGUUGGAAGGCCAAAGGUUUGUGGGAGCUGGCCAAGAGGAGUUAAUAUAUGAGGUGAAUGAAAGAAUGAGAAGAGCCUCAAAUUUAGUGGUUUUUAAUUUAAAGGAGUCUGCCAAGGAGAGUAAGAGUGAAAGAGAGGAUGAGAAUCGCGAAAAAUUAUAG